AUUGAGAAUCACUGAAUGAAAAGAAUAUCGAUCAGCAGCAAGAUCUUAUUUCUGGUCUCGUCUAUUACCUUUAACCAUCACAUAUAUCUUAUAUUGCCCAAAAUGUCAUAUUUAUCACCAGCAAUAUCUUAUAUGUUCCUCAUCUAUCUGUUUUCAGGAUGUUCUUGUUGUUAAAGAUUUUGAUAUACGGAAGGAGACAAAUAAAGACAUCUUUGCUAGCUAUUGAAAAGGUAUACAAGGCUCAGGUGGUUUCAGAGAAUUACCUUGAAAUCCAUUUCUUCUGGGCUGGAAAGGGGACUUGCUGUAUACCAGAGGAGGGUACUUAUGGACCUCUUGUUUCAGCCAUCAGUGCUACACCUGAAUUCAAACCUACUGUCAGCAACAAGAUGCCAAGUAGUAAGAAGAAUAGGACUGGGCUUAUUGUGGGAAUUGUUGUUGGUUGUGGAGUUUUAAUUCUGGUGGUGCUGCUUUUAUAUAUUGUUCAAGGAAGAAAGAGGCACAACACUGAUGAUGACUAUGAUGAAGAGCUGUUGGGAAUAGAUCUUGGACCUCUCACUUUCAGUUUUUCUGAACUGAAGGCAGCUACAAAUGACUUUAGUAGAUAAUAAGCUUGGAGAGGGAGGAUUUGGGCCUGUCUUCAAAGUCUCAUACUAGCAGUCUCGUGAAUGCCUUC